AUGAGCGAGGAGAGCAAGAAAGAUGAGGGCCUGACGAUAAAGUUCGAUCGCGAAGGUUCAAGACCGGGCAAGGACUACGAGCGAUGGGGCUUGGUGGGGAAUGUGAUAUCCCAGACUUUGGAUGAGAAGCUCUCUCAAGCUACCUAUGAACGUCUGGGGCGAGUGCUGGAUCAGGUCUUCGACAUGCGCAUCGAGAAGGGUGACGGCGAGGGCGCGACAGCCUACCAUGUGGAGAAAGAUUACCAGGGGCUCGAGGAAGAGGACUAUGAGCCUGAGGAGGAAGGACUUCGACGUGUUCUUUGCAGAAGCGAGACGACGGUGGUAGAGCCGCCUGAUGAGGCGAGUGCCUUGCAGUAUGGGAGUGAAGGCAUGGAGGUGGAAUCGGUGCAUUUGGAUGAGGACAUCAUUGUGAAUGAUGGAACGACAGAAAAGCUGAAGUACAGCAACGCACCAGUCACUGAGACCGGGAGGCUCACUAGCACCAACAGUUUCAGGGGCCGUAUUGUGAACGUCUACGGUGGUUUCGGCUUCUUGAAGCAGCUUGGUGAUGCCGAUGCACAAGACAUUUUCUUCAGAGCUGCAGAUGUGAUAGGAGGGGUGUAA